AUGAACACCGCUGACUAUGUCAACUAUUAUCGAAACCAGGCGGGGGGUGGUCUGGGUGGUCUAGCCGGAGGAGCAGUUAUGUACGGAGCUGGCCUAGGAGGACUUUUCAGAGGUCUGUUUAGGAUGGCAGUGCCUUUGUUAAAAAGGGGGUUCAGCAUCGCUAAACCACACCUAAAAUCGGCCGCUAAAAAUAUAGCAGCCGACGUCGUCUCAAACGCUCUGUCAAGAGCGUAUAACGGUGAUCCUAAAGCUCAAGGCGGUUCGGGGCUUAUGGUCAUGGCUCGUAAGAGAACACCUAAUGGGGGAGACAUCCCAGACCCCGCAAAGGUAGCCCUAAUAAAUUACCCCGGAGCUACUAUAUUUUCACAAGUCGACGUCAGUCUCGGCGAUCGUCUGAUAUCUCAGAGUUCGAGCACUUACCCAUACCGAUGUAUCAUCGAGAGUCUUCUCAACUACAGCAAAGAUGCGCUGGAAUCGCUUUUCUCAGCCGGACUGUUUUUCAAAGACACGGCAGGUCACAUGGAUGAAACUGAUCCUGUGGGUCGUAACGCAGGGCUGACCAAGAGAUCGCUCUACACUACCGGGAGCAAGGUUGUGGAGCUGCUGGCCCCUAUUCACAGUGAUAUUUUCUUUCAAGAAAAAUUAAUGCUAAACGGCGUCGACAUAAAAAUACGAAUGAUCAGAGGCAAAGACGAAUUCUGUCUGAUGAGCGACGAUGCCUAUAAAUUAAAUAUAGUGUCGGCCUCCCUUUUUGUCAAGAAAGUAUCCGUAUCACCAUCCGUGAGACUGGCGCAUGCCCAGGCGCUGCUCUCAACCACUGCCAAGUACCCCAUAGAUAGGGUAUGUCUAAAAAAUUUCUCCAUACCUGCUGGAUCCCGAGUAUCAAAUCAGGAAAAUUUGUUUUUGGGGACGUUACCAAAAUCUAUCGUCCUGGCUAUGGUGGAUAACGACGCAUUCACCGGAUCCUACGAGAAAAACCCGUUCACGUUCAAACAUUACGAUUUGGAGUUCCUGGCCGUCUACGUAGAUGGACAGCAAUUUCCCGCCAAACCUCUCCAGCCAGACUUUACCUCAGGAUCUGCCGUACGCGAAUUUUAUCAGUUGGCGACCGCGACCGGGAGACAUCUUAAAAAUCAGCCCCUCUCUAUCAACAGGGAUGAUUUUCUGAAAGGCUACUCGCUUUACGCCUUUAACCUCACGCCUGACGAAGACUGCGGUCAGCACAUAUCGCUCAUCAAGUCCGGGAAUAUCAGACUCGAAGCGCGCUUCAGACAACCGUUACCUCAUACUAUUAAUCUCGUCGUUUACGCAGUGUUUGACAGUAUCAUCGAAGUGUCUAACCGCAGACAGGUUCUGGUCGAUUACUACUGA